AUGAGUAUUCUUUCGGAGAUUUUGAGUACUGUGAGUUGUUUUUGGAGGAAAAUGGGGGGAAUUUGAAAAAUUUAACUGGAAAAUUUGAAUGUUCGCGCCAAUUGGUGUCAAAAAAACCCAAAUUCUCGCGCUAAAAAGCUCUUGGACAUCGACUAAAUGAAAUUUUCAGGUUUUUUAAGCAAAUGAGUUGAAAUAUUGGGUUUUAAUGUUAUUCAUAUGAUAGAAUGGUCUAAGACGAAGAGAAUGAUAUAAAUUUUGAUGAAUUUAGGUUAUCCUUAAGUGAUUUAGCGGCUUAUUGACUAAAUAUUUAGUCGAUAAGGCCGCUAAAUCACUUACGGACAACCUAAACUCAUCAAAAUUUAUAUCAUUUUGUUCGUCUUAGACCAUUCUAUCAUAUGAAUAACAUUAAAACCCAAUAUUUCAACUCAUUUGCUUAAAAAACCUGAAAAUGACAUUUAUGCCCGCCGCGAUGCGUGUGCGUUGCGGUUUUUAGUUUUUUAGCCCCAAAAUUUGGAGAUUUUUGAUACCAAGUGAGCCCAGGCGCAAAAUUUUGAGGUUUUUUGAUACCAAUUGGCGCCAAAAUUCAAAUUUUCACUGAAAUUAGGCUUAUUCGGUGUCAAAAAAAACAAAAUUUUGUCCAUGAAGCUUAUUUUCAUCAGAAAUUACUCCAGAAACUUGAAAAAUAUCGGUUUGUCAUCAUUUUUGGCUGAAAAACCUUGAAAAACUAAUUUUGACCGACAUUUUUUGACUUUUCGUGAAAAAAAAAUUGUUCGUUCGUGAAUCAGCCCUAAAAUAUUAUUUAAAAUUUUCCACGCGCUCCACCGAAAUAAACACGCAACGCAGACCGCGCCGCACCACAACACACACACAAAAAGGGAGGGAAUUUGAAUCGUUCCCUUGUGUUGUGGCGCGGCGCGGUGUGCGUUGCGUGUUUAUUUCGGUGGAGCGCAAAAAAAACAAAAAUUCUUUCCUCAGGGUCAUGUCGAUCAAGAACUGCUCGACGCGCUCGACGACGAGCAAAAACAAUUGCUCUUCUGUCAAAUGCGAGCCGAACAAGUCCGGAAAUGGGAGCUCUCCGAGCUCGAAUUCGAGCGCAGCGGCCAAGCCGUCAAAGACAUGACGAAACGUCGUGUAAAAUGGCGUGUGGGAAUCGACGGGGAGGUUUGGGUUUGGGUGAUGGGCGCACAUGAGAAGGAUAAGACUAUUGAGGAGAUUUUGGAUGAGGAGAAUCGGGAGAAGGCCCAUGAAUUGGCCAUGAGAGAAUUGCAUUCUCUUGGGCCUAGUAUAAAUGGGCCUGGGCCCGAAAGUACUACAGAUUCGGACGAGGAAACAUUGAUGGCACAACUGGAAAGAUUGAAAGUUGGAUCUGCACCACCACAAAUCAACACAGAUUUCGAAAGUAUUUAUGACUAUGACACGGGACCUCCGCCCCUCUUAUUAUUCCAACCUAAUGGGUUUCAUAGUCAGACUUCUCCAUCAGCAUCUUCAGCGUCGUCGGGUUCAGUGACGGUCACAAGUUUCUCGACACCGCAACCGCAGAAGGCGCAAUUUUAUCGAGGCGAAAAACCGGCAUUGAUGCCGAAGCCGCAGGGAUAUUUUGCGCAGUUUUCGGGGAAAUCGACGGGAGAAACGCCGAUUUUGAAUGGGGCGGAGUCGCUUGUUAUUAAUGGUACGGGAAAAUUCCGGAUUUUACAUUGAUUUUCACGAAAAUCUGAAAUUAUAGCGAUGUUCAGAAGGCUAGAUUUCAUAAAUCUCCACGCGCUCCAGCGAAAUAAACACGCAACGCAGACCGCGUCGCGCCACAACACACACAAAGGGAGGGAAUUUGAAUCGUUCCCUUGUGUUGUGACGCGACGCGGUCUGCGUUGCGUGUUUAUUUCGGUGGAGCGCGUGGAGAUUUAUGAAAUCUAACCUUCUGAACAACCCUGUGAUAGCGGAUUUUGAUGAAAAUCAUUUUUAGCCUUGACAAAUCUAGAUUUUGGGAGGCUGAAAAUGAUUUUCAUGGGAAUCUGAGUGUUCAGAAGGUUCGAUUACAUAAUUAUGGAAAUUCGUGCGAAAAUCCGAGACAAAUCUAGAUUUUAGAAGGCUGAAAUUGAUUUUCAUCAAAAUCUGAUAUUUUUGCGAUGUUCAGGAGGCUUGGUUACAAGUUCGAGCCAUUUCUCAAGAAAAUUUCGAAAUCUGCAACCUGUUUUCUUGAAAAAUUUCACGAACUUGUAACCAAGCCUCCUGAACAACGCUAUAAUUUCAGAUUUUGAUGAAAAUCACUUUCAGCCUUCUAAAAUCUAGAUUUUUCUCAGAUUUUUGCACGAAGUUCCAUACGAACCUUCUGAACAUCGCUAUGAAAUCAGAAUUUCAUGAAAAUCAUUUUUAGCCUUGACAAAUCUAGAUUUUGGAAGGCUGAAAGUGAUUUUCAUCAAAAUCUGAUAUCAUAGGGUUGUUCAGAAGGUUAGAUUUCAUAAGUCUAUCAAAUCUUACCUCCUGAACAACCCUAUGAUAUCAGAAAUCAUUUUUUGCCACGUCAUAACUCAUAUUCAGGUGUUCGAAUGCGACCGAAACCACCCCAAAAACCCACAAAUUAUGCGGAAGACGAAGAGGAAGAAGUUCAAAAACGAGAAUCGGAAAUCUUCCAGACACUUUCGGAGCGGCGAGAAAAACUGCAAAAAGAGGCGGAAGCGGAAGAGGAGCGGAGAAAAGUGGAAUGGGAGGAAUUGCGUAGGUUUUUUUUCGGGGUUUUCGGGGAAAAAUGCAUGAUUUUUCAAUCAAAAACCUGAGAUUUUCAGCUCCCAGGACUGAAAAAUGCUGAAAAUCUCGAAAAUUUGAGUAGAAAACUUGGAUUUUCAGCUCCGCGGCCUGAAAAAAAAUUCGAAGGAUUAGAAAUUUCAAUAUGCAAAACCUAGUCCCUCUGUUUUAUAAGUCAAAAUUCAGAGGGACGAGGUUUUCUGAUUUUUCGGUCAAAACCCAGGAUUUUUAGCUCCCAGAGUUGAAAAAUGCUGAAAAUCCAGGUUUUUGACUGAGAAAUCAGAAUUUUAAUCAUUUUUCAACUCUGGGAGCUGAAAAUCCAGGUUUUUCACUCAAAUUUUGAGAUUUUUAGCUCCCAGAGUUGAAAAAAUGCUGAAAAUCUCAAAAUUUCGGUUAAAAACCUGGAUUUUUGAGUUGAAAAAAUGCUGAAAAUCUCAAAAUUUCGGUUAAAAACCCGGAUUUUCAGCUCCCAGAGUUGAAAAAUGCUGAAAAAUUGUUUGAAUCCAGGUUUUUCACUCAAAUUUUGAGAUUUUCAGCAUUUUUUCGAUCUGGAAGCUGAAAAUCCAGGUUUUUGAUUGAAAAUUCAGCAUUUUCAGCAUAUUUCAACUCUGGGAGCUGAAAAUCCAGGUUUUUUACUCAAAUUUUGAGAUUUUCAGCAUUUUUCAACUCUGGGAGCUGAAAAUCCAGUUUUUUUUACUCAAAUUUUACAGAUUUUCAGCAUUUUUCAACUCUGGGAGCUGAAAAUCCAGGUUUUUAACUCAAAUUUUGAGAUUUUCAGCAUUUUUUAGGCCUCGGAGCUGAAAAUCCCGGGUUCUUACAGAAAAAUCAAAAUUUUCAGCAUUUUUUUGUCCUGGGAGCUGAAAAUCCAGGUUUUUGACUGAAAAAUCAGCAAAACCUCGUCCCUCUAACAAUAAAUGUUGGCUUAUAAAACAGAGGGACGAGGUUUUGCAAAUCGAAAUUUCUAGUCCCUCGAGCUUUUUUUCUUCGAUUUCUGAGUUGUUUUAAUGGAAAAUCGAAAUUUUCUGCAUUUUUUAGGCCGCGGAGCUGAAAAUCCAGGUUUUUCAGUCAAAUUUUGAGAUUUUCAGCGUUCUUUAGGUCGCGGAGCUAAAAAUUCAGGUUUUUGACCGAAAUUUUCAGCAUUUUCAAGGCCGCGGACUAGGUUUCGCAUGAUGCAAUUCCUAGUCCCUCACCAAUUUUUUUUCAAAAAAUCAAUAUUUUUUUUUGCAGAGCGAAAAGCGCGUGAAGCCGAAAAUGCGCAACGUGAAUUGGCUCAAAAAGCACGUGAAAGACAUCAGCAAUUGGUUCGGACAAGUACAAGUAUUCUACCAGCGCUCAAGGAUAAAAAUGCGACGAGUUUAAGAGAAGCCAUGUGAGUUUCAGCCAUUUUUCUUUCAUUUUUCUGAAAAAAAAUCAAUUUUUCUUUUAGUAAAAAUUUGCCACGUCCACCAAAACCCAAAUCACGAGAAGCGAUUGUUGAAUGGUUCAAAAGGGACGAGUUGCCACGUGGCACGGGUCUCGACCCGAAAACACAUGCGCCGGCUCCCUGGUUUCAUGGAAUUAUAUCGAGAGAGCAGGCGGAGGUGUUGCUGAUGAAUAAACCUACGGGAUCGUUUUUGGUUCGCGUUUCGGAGAGGAUUUGGGGGUAAGAGACGCAGAGGGAGAGAGGGGGAGAGGGGGGAAGAGACGCAGAGGGAGAGAGAAAGAGGGGGAGAGAGAGAGAGACGCAGGGGGAGAGAGAGAGAGAGACGCAGAGAAAGAGAGAAUGAGAGAGAGAGAGAGAUAGAAAGGGAGAGAGGGGGCGCAGACAAAGAGACAGAGAGAGAGAGAAAGAGAGAGAGGGGAGAGAACCAGACAGAGAGAGACGCAGAGUUUUUUUUAAAAAUCAUUGAAAUUGCUCAUAUUAGAAAAUUUGGAAUUUUUAAACUAUUUUAUUAUUGAAAAUUGCACUGUUUCAAAAUUCUGAGUUUUUUCAAAGGUUCAUAUGCAUUGCUCAUAUUAAAGAUUCAACUAAAUAUAAGAUUUACCCAAAUUUGCCACGUCAUAACGCAAUUUUCAUUGCUCAUAUUAGGAAAUUCGAGAAAAACUGGAAUUUUGAACAAAGAUUUUUUUGGUUUGGAGAAAAAUCAAUUCAUGAAAAGCCAUUUUAAAUGAAAUUCGAAAAAACGUUGUAUUUAGGUCAAAAUUUUAGUUUUUCAGCCAAAAAUGACGAGAAAUCGAGAUUUUUUGAAGCUUCUGAUGUGAUUUCUGAUGAAAAUGAGCUUCUGAAAGUCGAUUUGUCAUCAUUUUUGACUGAAAUCACCUUGAAAAAUUAAUUUUUCUCCUAUUUUUUCCACACAAAAAUGAAAAAAAUAGGAAAAUCUAGAGUUUCAGCCCAGGUUUUUUUUCAAAUUUUGUUUUUUUCGCAGAUACACUGUCUCAUACGCAUCAAAAGAUGGAACCUACAAACAUUUUUUGGUGGAAAAAAUCCCCGAAGGUUAUCAAUUUUUGGGAACCAAUCAAGUUGUUCACGAUCAAUUGUAUGAUCUUGUAUUAUAUCAUGAAGUGAGUGUUGUUGUUUUUGGGAGGAUCUUGAAAAUUUUGAAAUUUGGAAAAUGCCACGUGGAUUUUUGGUGCGAAAUUAUGAAAAUUCAAAAUUUUUGAGGUGAAAAAUUUGUUCGCGACCUUUUUCCACGUAGAUUUUUGACGCCAAAAUUCUCAUUUUCAAAAUUUGAAGCGAUUUUUUGGCGCCAAAAUCAGUCAUAAAAAUUCCACGUGGCUAAAUUACAGCUUAACAUGAGCAAUGGGUUUUUAACUGUUAAAAUGAGCAAUUUUGCCACGUGGCAGCCAUAAUUUAAUAUGAGCAAUGGUGCUCGUGGCAGCCAAUAUGAGCAAUGAUGCUCUUUUUUUCUCAAAUCCACGUGGAUUUUGAAAAUUAAUUGAAAAUUCAAAAUUUCCUGGAAGCCUCAAAUUUGUUCAAUAAAUUUUCCACGUGGAUUUUUCGGAGCUUUUUUCUAAAUCGCAGAUAAAAAACCAUUGCUCAUGUGAAACUAUAUUUUAGCUUGAAAAAGAGCAUAAUUGCUCAUAUUAAAUUAUGGUUGCCACGUGGCAAAAUUGCUCAUUUUAAGCUUUUAAAAAAUUUAAAAAUUCUUCGAAAAUUUUUGAAAUUUCUGAAAAUUUUUUAAAAUUUCACAAAAAAAAAUUUUGCAGACAGCUCCAAUAACUGCAAAAGGCGGUGAAGUGCUAAAAUGGUCAGUUGGACAAAUCACUCGCCCUGCAGAUUAUCACGAGCUUUUAAUCGACACAAAUAAUUUAGCAGCUCAAAACCGAAGUUAUAUCAAUUCAAAUGGAUCAAUAGUUCGAACAAUUCCAACUCGAUUAAUCAAUGGAACUUCAACUUCAACAAAUUUGAGCAUCGGACGAUUUUAG